CUCGCGGUAAACCAAGGUUUCAUUUUCAAGAUGGAAAGCCCUUCAGACUCAGCUGUGAUAUUACCUAGCACUCCACAGGCCGGUGCCAAUCCACCAUCUCCCUAUAGAAGUAGUUCAAGAAAACAACCUAUGAGUGCAACACUUAGAGAAAGGUUAAGAAAAACUAGAUCUUCAUUUAAUUCCUGUUACAGUGUGGUAAAACGUCUUAAAGUAGAGAAUGAAGAAAACAAUCAGAGCUUUUCAGAGAAACCAGCAUCUUCAACAAAAGAAAGCUGUUUGGAAUUUCAGGAAAAUUUUAAACACAUUGACAGUGAAUUUAGAGAAAGUACAUAGUUGAAAAAUACCUUCAAGAAUAUCAGUGCAUGUGAAUCUACUGGGUCUUGCAGUGAUCUCCAGAAUGACUUUGUGAAUCAGAAUCUUCCCAAACAAGGAUUAAACGAAGAAAAAGCAAAAUUGGUGAAGCAGAUUCAAGAGAAAGAAGACCUUCUUCGGAGGCUAAAACUAGUCAAAAUGUAUAGAUCAAAGAAUGACCUGUCACAGUUACAGUUGUUAAUAAAGAAGUGGAGAAGCUGUAGCCAGCUGUUGCUUUAUGAGUCACAGUCAGCCAUGUCCAAGGAGAACAAAAAACUCAGCCUUACUCAGUUGAUAGACCACUAUGGAUUAGAUGAUAAAUUGCUACAUUAUAACAGAAGUGAAGAAGAAUUUAUAGGUGUUUAAUUUAUAUUUUUUCCUCCAGAAUAUCUUUGAGAA